AUGUGUUUCACAAGGUGCACUAGAUGUAUUGGUUAUAAGCUGCUCAUCCUUGCCUUGCUCAGCAUCGUGGCCAACAUUUUACUUUAUUUUCCCAAUGGCGAAACGAGAUUUGCUUCAGAGCAUCACCUCAGCAAGUACGUGGAGUGCCUUCAUGGCAUUCUAGGUGGAGGCCUUUUGGUACUCAUUCCAGCUGCGGUGUUCAUUGGGCUCCACCACGAUGACUGCUGUGGGUCCUUUGGCUAUGAGGACAGUGGGAAAAGCUGUGCGAUGCUGUCCUCCGUUCUGGCAGCUCUUCUUGGGGUCAUUGGUUCUGGAUACUGCAUAAUCAUUUCAGCACUGGGCUUGUCGCAUGGACCAUAUUGUUUUACUCACCUAGAAAGAAACUGGGUCUAUCCUUUCACUCAAUCCUCUGGAGGGUACUUGUUUGAGUAUAACAAGUGGUCUGAAUGUCAAGAACCUCAAAACAUUGUGCAGUGGAAUGUCACCCUCUUUUCCAUCCUCCUUGUAUUGGGAGGAAUAGAGUUCAUUCUAUGCUUCAUACAGAUAAUCAAUGGCAUUAUUGGAGGACUGUGUGGGUUGUGCUGCAGUCACGAGGAGCCAUACGUUUGCUAGAAACCUGACAACGCAUUGACAUCUGUGAAUGUUUGUUGUGUAUCGAGGUGGUGUUUAUUUUUAUAUUCCAUGCAUACUAAAAUUGUUUGUUGUCAAGCUGUGCUGUUGGUAUCAAUUUAACUGACUUGAGGCCAGCCUUUGUUGGAGUCACAUGCAGGUUUUCCACUAGCCUGCUUGUACAUAAAGACAAAAUGUAUACUGAAUUUUUGUGGUUCAUCUCAUCUUGGUUCUGGCAACUGCCUGAACAUGUCACUAAAGAUGUUUUUCCCCCCUCCUCCCCUUUCUACUGAGACAACAGCUCUGUACUUUAUGCUGCUUUCCCAAUAAAGUUGCACUUUCAUUCUGAUGUUGGAGUGAACACAACCCCACGCUAGACUGGCCUGGAUAUAAAUGAAUACUGAGCUGGGGCAAAAACAAAGCUGCAAUAAAUUGUGGAUGCUCAAUGGCAGACAGAUGCACUUCACCAUUUCAGGAUUUUUCUCAACACAAAUUUAUUUCACAAAUAAAGAUUUGUAUUAAAAAUACACAGCAGUGAUUCUUUCCCUGCCCAUACUGAAACACUGCUUUCCUGGCCUUAAAGGACAGUAGUGGCAUGAGAAGAUUAGUACAAAGCAGCCAGGUUACAACCUACUUUUCCUCUCUAGCAGGUUCUGUCAGAGUGGGAUCACAGUAUCAUAGAAUAGUAGGGGUUGGAAGGGACCUUUAGAGAUCAUCUAGACCAACCCCUCUGCAGACACAGGUCCACCUAGAUCAGGUCACAUAGGAAUGUGUCCAGGCGGGUCUUGAAGCCCUCCAAGGAAGGAGCCUCCACACCCUCCCUGGGCAGCCUGUGCCAGGGCUCCCUCACUGAAACACCGAAACAGGUUUUCCUUAUGUUUAAAUGGAACUUUUUGUGUUCCAGCUUCAUCCCAUCACCCCUUAUCCUGUUGCUAGAUAUCAUAGAAAAAAGGGAUGUCCCAACCUCCUGACACCCACCCUUUAGAUAUUUGUAAAUAUCUUCUCUAGAAUAUUUAGACUAAAUAGCCUGGUCUGCCUCAUGGUUUGAGUCAGAUCGUUUAGCUGAGUCACACAAUUGUGCAUCCAUAAGAGUAUGAUAGUUUAACAAUAGCUCCAUGACAGAUACAGCUGUAUAUGUGGGGUCUUAGUCCUGGGCCUGGGCUAGAAGUUAGUUGGUGAUGACCCUUCUAAGGAUCAGAGGCAGAUUUCCACAUAGCUGAGCUGCAGCUUUGGGCUCCUUCUGCUGCCCUCCCAGCAGGAGCUUAACUCCUGAGUGCUUAGUCAAGAGUCUUAGGACAAACCAAAAUGUGGGUCUGGGUCCUGUUUUUUACCUCAUUCAGAAGGGCCCUGGGCAUAGCAUUUUUCAGAAAAUAUGGUGCAAAUUCAGGUCAGCAGUGAUAAAUUAAUCUGAAAUAUUUGGCUUCACCAGAGCAGCCUGAAGGCAAUAUUCUAAGACCUUGUGCAAGAACCUCUGAAGUGUACCUUGUAGCAUAUUACACUGAAUGUUUUAUCACAAGGUAAAGUAAAUCUGAAUGAUAUGCUGCCAACAGUAUUACUGGCAAGGUCAGUACACUAGUGGCAAUGGCAUUUUUCAAGAGAAAAACAAAAUGUAGCAUGCCAUUUAUUUCAAAGAAAUGAGGCUAAUUACCAUUAUUGCUCAAUUUUGGAAUCUAGCAGUUAAUGUUGUCUUUGAAAACAGACCAGUUAGUUUCUGUUUCUGGGAGUAAAAGAAUUUUGCAUUGGUGUCAGUGUGCAUUAGUAAUAUUUUUUUACUAGGAGAGUGGUCUUCAAAGGUAGCCAAAAACCUGAGGUGUAUCUCAGGCAGUCCUCAUGGUCAAGUCUGCCCAGUACAAAUACAUUAUCUUAAAAAAACAAAACAAACAAAAAAGAAAUUAACUCUGAAAAUGAAAUUGCACACAAACACACCCACAGUAGCAAAAGAACUCACAGAUGGGAAGAGCUUGUGUUGAGAAUCUCAGCGUAUAUGCUUCUUGCAAUACCAUUUAUUCAUACUUAAACACAUAGGAGUAGGUGAGGUCAGGCUUUAAACCCUUUCUGCUUGUUGUGUUUAUCCCUGCCUUGCUCUGCUAUGGAAGGGAGGAGGUACACAUGUACAUAUGUGUACACACACAUACACAAUUCCUUGCAGCCGUACAGAGUCUUUGUAUGGGAAAAAUCACUGUUCAAAAAAGGAUCUGCAAGUUUUAAUUAAGUGUGGAGUGAGAUGAGGAAGAAAUGAUGGAAUAGGGUAUAAUUCCCAUGCAAUACACAGAUUUUUCCUUUUAUCCUUGCACAAUUGUUAAUUGUCUUCCUGGUACAUACAACUAAUUAAAGAACUGAAACAAUCUGAGAAAUUCCAAGGGACAGAAUAGUUAGGCUAGAGUUUAGAAUUAACACUUUAGCUCAGAUCCACAUAGCAUUAAUGCACAGCAUUACUACUCACCUCGUUGCCUGAUGCCCAAGACAGUGAUAUGGGAGUUUUAUUAGUUACAUCAUGGAAAAGCAGUUGGUUUUGGUUAUAUUAAUUUCAGUUAGCAGAGAAGUCACUCAUCCAGAGUAAACACAGUUUUUCAUUAAUGGACUUGGCAUCUUCUCAUGGGUAUUGACAGCAAUAGGAAAGCAGUUCUUGCAACACUUAGUAAGGCAUUUGAGAAACUGUUUGUCAGGUUUGCUUAAUAGUUGGCAUAAAAUGGUGGCUUCCUGUUCUACCAGUAUAUUGUGCCAACAAAAACCCCACUUUGAUUUGGUAUUUGCAGAGUUCAGUUUAAGUAGAUCCUGAUGCAAACUGCUGUACUGCAGAAUAAAUGCCAUUUCAGGUGUCAUUUUCCAAGGAAGUUUCUUCUAAUCAGAGCAGAUUACUAUGGGAAGUAGCAGCAAAUUUUACUAUAAUUUUGGCUAUUGCUUUUAAAAAAAAAUAUUUCAGCCUAUUACAUGACCUCUGAGUUUUGUAACAAAAAAUCAGUCCUGUGGAUGUGAUGUGCCUGCUUUUAAUUCAGCUGUUUGAUCUGUAAGGUACAGUGUUGAUGCUAUGAAUUCUAGCCAUGCCUGUUGAGACUGAAAGGGGAGGUUUGCUGCUAAUUUUGAUUAGAAGCCUGAACAGAGAGUCUGUAGUGAUUAGGGUGUAAAACAGGAAAUAUGGGAAGAUCAUCAGAAUGAAGUCUGAGGACUUCAAAAUGAAACUUCCUAGAAAAAGAAGGGAAGAGAGAAACGGGAGAGUUGCAGCAGGGAACAUGUAGGAACAUGGUGUAAUUGCAUGAGUAUCACCAUGCCCAUUUCCUAGGGUGAUCUCAUUCUAAGUAAUAGGAAGGAAUUAGAUACAAUGUGCAAUCCAAACAGCUCUUAUAAGAUCAUGAGAGAAGCCUCAUUGUGCUGAGACUAAAACAGUUCAUGAGGAAACAUCAGGAAAAUAUUCCAUGUUAUCGUUGCUUCUAAAAUCAGACCUUAGUUUUGUUAGAGACCUUUUUUUUUUGUUGCUGUUCUCUGACUGUAACUUUCCUAUUGAGUAAACCCUAAGCUCAUUCUGGAGUUACUUUUCUGAUGAUGCAUAGGGCAUAGAAAGAAGGCUUUGAGUUGUGCUGUGAGCAUUCAAACAGCUCUGGCUGUGUGUUACAGGGAUCGAUGUUUCGUUGCUUUGGGCUUAGGGACUGAUGACACAUGAGAAAGGGGAAACUGUCUGGCUAUGCACAGAGGAAAAUGGCAAGCAUUUCAAAACACAGCUAGACCUUUUGUCCUGUACAAGAAGUCAUGUGUACUCAAUAGCUAUGCACACUCAGCUACAGGCACAGAAUAAAACAACUGGAGAAAUAAUUCAGGAUUGAAUUCAUAUAAUGCUGCAGAAAGGAGUAAUUAAUUAAAGUGUGACAAUAGUCUUCCUGGCAAUUUCUAACCCGUGUUAUUUGAGCUUCUGUACUCUAUGCAAGGUGGCUGAGACUCAGCUGUGUGCUUUUGUGGGGCUGCCUAAGUUAGCAGCAGGCAUCAACUCACCCUUAGGGCCAGAUCUACCAAGCUCUGGUUUUAAUUCUCUAAUAUGAAGCAAUGUGUGACCUUUGGUACAAAGACAGGACAUAUUAUUUGAUAGUCCCCUCCCCCACAUAAGGUAGAAAAAGUUUUGAGCUGCAGCAAGACUGAAGAGCCUGCCUCGUGUCACAGAAUAUCUGCAUUGUAGUCCA